AUGCUGAAUUACACUGAACCCAUACUCGGCUUCAACACCGUGCGCCACUAUGCUAUGAACACAAACCCACCUCUAGCCGUUAUCUGGCUCCCUCUCAUCCCCAUAAUCAUAUUCCUGGUUUCUCACAAAUACUGGCCAUUCACAAACCCACCACCCAAAGGCUGUCGCAAGCUAGGUCUCCCACACAACGAAACCAACCUGCACGACGAGUACGACCCAAAAUACAGCCAAGGCGUGCCUGAGAAGCAUACAGACUCAGAGAACAAGCCCGCAUGGCGGAUAAAAGCGCUCUUCGCAUACCCAAUCAAAAGCUGCGCCGGCCUUGAGCUAGAUACAGCCGACGUCGUCCCCACAGGCUUCACCUAUGACCGCCAAUUCUGCUUCGCCGAAUACAUCACCCCCAAAACCAGCACCAAUGAGUCUCAACAGGCCCACUGGACAGCAAGGACGCUCCGUGACGGCUCGCUCUGCAGAAUGGCUCUCAUCAGACCCGAGAUCUGGGUCCCCGACCCUACAUCCGAGGACUACUCCCCCGAGCUUCAUGAAGUGCGAUCCCAAGGCGUCCUGGUAAUCCACUACCCGCGAGUCACGGCCGGUAUUCUCUCACUUGCCGUGAAACUGGGCACGAUGCUAGGCCUCCUCUCGAAGGAACUAUCCUUCCGUGUCCCCUUCUCUCCCCCACAAGACUCAGAUCUCAAGUCAACUUACCCAUUAACCCCGGUCAAGAUCUGGAAAGACAAUCCCCUAGCUCACGACUACGGCUGUCACCUCCCACCAUCACUGCACCGUUUCCUGGACCCUGACCGCACCCGCGGUCCCCUGACCCUCUUUAGGGUAAACUCAUCCCACCACAGAGAAAUCUUCCGCAACGCGCCCCGCAAAGAAGACAUAGGAUUUCAACCAGUAACGGGCUUCGCGGACGCUUACCCCAUCCACCUCCUCAAUAUAGCCAGCGUGCAGGAUAUAGCGAGUAAAUGCAAAACGGACAUCCCUGAGCUCAGUAUCCGUCGCUUUCGGGCGAAUAUCAUCGUCCAAGGUCCUGGGGCUUAUGAGGAGGAUCAUUGGAAACGGGUGAGGAUCUAUGGCCCAGAACCUGGGUCUGGGGGUGUGGAGGUCUACACUGCUUGCCGGACUAUUCGGUGUAAGUUGCCAAAUGUAGACCCUGAUACUGGGGUUAGGCAUCCUGCGGAGCCGGAUCGGACGUUGAAGAUGUGGAGGAGGAUUGAUCGUGGCGACUUGACUAAUGCUGCGUUGGGCAUGCAGGCUGUUCCUGCUGUUCGAGAGUUUAGGGUUUGUGUUGGGGGUGGGAUUGAGGUGCUGGAGACGGGGGAGCAUUGCUAUAUUAAGAUGUUGAAGCCUGGGGAGAAGGUGGAAGGGGUUUAG